AUGGAAAUCAUGUCGCGACGCCAUGCCUACUGCGGCUACGCAACGUUUGGCAUUCGCAAUUGCAGAUUCCGGUUCGCAGCUGCGCCUUGUCAAACAGCAUCGAAAGAGUCCUGCGCAGCUGCAAAGAGGAGUCGGGCUCUGCGUUCUCGACCAAUCGCCGUACAAAGCUGGCUAUUCGGCCUUCGUGGCCCUCGUGGCAAUGUAUACUAUUUGGGAAUGGCUCUUGAAGACUUAUACGGCUUGGCUGUGGAACGAGGCCGUCAUGUAUCUCCCGAGGAUGAAAAGAUGUCGAGAGCCGAUACGAUGCGUUUCUUCACGCCAAUUUCCCUGCUUUUCUCCAUCUCGGGAGCUGUCCUUGUUCCCGGCCCUACUGGCCCCUAUGCCGUGGCCAUGAAAGAGCAGCCUCUGACUGAUACAAGCCGGGCUGACCCGUUGGAUCCAACCGGCAAAUCCAAAUCUCGCCGCCUUUUGGUCUCUCUGUACCUGCCGGUCGAUACGUCACGACGAUCAUGCCCUACAGUGACAGUGCCGUACAUGAAUCCGCCUGUGGCAGCCUCUUACGGACAGCAGGCCGCUCAGUUUGGGCUUCCUAACACUUUGUACAAUGAAUUCCAGAUGGAGUUUUGCGACCUCAAAAAGUUCUCUCCUUGCGGCCAAGCUUCCAACAAGGGCAAGGAAUACCCUUUCAUCUUUUUUGACCCUGGAUUUGGAGAGUCGAGGCUCAUUUACAGUGCCAUGGCUCGAUCUUUGGCUAGCCAUGGCUAUGUCGUUGUCUCUGUUGACCACCCCUUUGAUGCCCCUGCAGUGCAGUUCCCUGAUGGAAGUGUCAUUGAGGGGGUUGAUCUUGAUGACUCCAAUCUAUCGGUCCUUCAAAAAGUUCUCAAGGUGCGCAAUGACGACAUUAGUUUCAUCAUCAGCCAACUCGAAGACCCCAAGAUUAUGAAGCCUCUUCUCGCAGACUUCCCCGGCAAAAUCAACUAUAAGCAGCUUGCCAUCUGGGGCCACUCCUUUGGCGGCGCCACCGCAGCCGCCGUCAUCCACUCCGACAAGCGAGUUGUCGGCGGCCUCGAUCUCGACGGCAUGCUGAUCGACCCCAUCCUAAGCACCGACAUCACCAAGCCUUUCAUCCUGGCCGGCCGCAAGGGCCACAACGCCGAAGACCCCUCGUGGAACCAGUUCUGGACUCACCUCAAGGGCAAAAGCAUGGAGAUUGCCAUUGCCAACACGCAGCACGGUGCUUUCAAGGACGACUUGAUGCUUCUUAGUACGAUGAGUUUUACUGCUGAAGUCAAGGAGGCUCUUCAGGGGGUGCUGGGAAGCAUUGACCCGCACCAACUGGACAAAGAUCUGAAUGGCAUCUUGACGGCAUACUUUGAUCUUAUCUUUUAUGGGAAUAAGCAGUCCCUACAGGCCAUUCCUCACAAUUUUGCCAAUGUUACUAUUGUGCGAAGCAACAACCUUUAA